AGAAAGAAAAGGAAAGAUGUAUGGAACUUGAAGACUGAUCAGUUACCAGAUCGUAGUCAUUGUUCAAUGUUUUUCCUUUCCAUAUAUAUAUAUACUAUUAGCAAGUAUAUUAUUGAACAAGAUCUGAUUUUGGGCCAAGAAUCACUUGAAGGGAGUGAUCCUGGUCAGAAAAUGGCUCAAGAGAAUCAACAUAUAAUAUUGGUUACAUCGGACAAUGAUGAGAGGAAGAUCAUUCGUAGGGAAGUUGAAAAACAAAGGAGGACAAACAUGUCUAUUCUAUGUGCAUCUCUCCGCUCUUCACUCCCUUUUGAACUCAUCAAGGGAAAGCGUUCGGCAUCAGAUCACAUAGGCGAGGCUGUAAAUUAUAUCCAAAUUUUGAAGCAAAAGAUUAAUGCUCUCCAAGUCAAGAGAGAUAGGCUCAAACUAAUGGUUAAUUCAAGUUUAUUGGAAACUAGUAUCGAUCAACCAGAACAUUCAGGUGCAGUAGUGAAGUGUGUCAACAUCAAUCUCAUUCCAGGGGGAGUGGAAAUUGCCAUAUGUAGUAGUGGCUUAGAGGAGGGUAGUAAUUCACCUUUAUCAGAGUUCAUGGAAAUAUUGCUUCAAGAAGGAUGUGAUGUUGUUAGCUGUGUUUCCACUCUUGCUAAUGGAAGGAUAUUUCAUGCCAUUAAGUGCGAGGUGGAGGCGGACUUGACACGCCUUGAUCUUGCUAAGCUACAACACAAACUGGAUCAUGCAAUCUUGUUGCCAAGGUAAUAUUAUGCCGGUUGAGGGGACCAUGAACAAUUUGUGAUCGUGACUAUGAUAAGUGUUCUCAACUUUCCUUUGUUAAUUUAGAUGUAUUUGCUCGUAUAUUUAUGUCAAUUUCUUCCUAUUGCUACUAAAGUAAUUAAAUGCGUGAGCAGGGCAACUAUGAUAAGGAUUUUCAGUUUGUCUUUCAAUGUAACUGCUAGCACUUGAUGUUUAAUUAAUUUCUUCCGAUUGCUUUACCCUGA